AUGACGGAGCGUGUGGACUUCAACGCGUUUCUCGAGCAGCUGCCGGCAGCCCAGUUGGAGCGCCUCUAUGCAUCCCGCUGGACGUCGCAGGCGGUGCUGCGCUCGCUGCCGCCGCUGGCGAAACAGUACGUGAUCCGGCUGGUUCAGCUCUGUAGGAAGGCCGGGGGGGGCCGCGAGGACGUGUCCAUGGCCACCCUCACCGCGUGGAGGCCUUUCACCUCGGACCCCACCAUCGCCGACGCCGAGGCCACGAUCCGCGAGCACAAGCAGGCAAUCGAGCGCCUGCGCCGCCUCCAGAUCAUCACCGUGCAGUCGGAGCUGCAGCAGAAAGAGCACCAGAUCUCCGUCACGAUCAACGCGCGCCUGCUCGCCAACCUCCGCCUCGCGAUGCUGUCGGGAGCGGGCACCCAGGAGGCCCCCCCGCCCGCGCACGUCGCCGCCGCGGUGCCGUCGCGCGACCAGCUCGACCGGUUCGGCGAGCAGCAGUGGGAAGCCUUGCUCGGCUACCUCCUCCGCGAAGCGGACCCGCCGGCCCUCCCGGAACGCAUCCAGUCAGCCCUGGGGGAACCCCCCCUCGACAUCGAAGCGCUCCUCGACAGCGCUGGCCUGACGUCAGUCAUCACCGGCAGGUCGACGAUGCAGGCGCAGCAGGAGACGCGGUUCGAGUUCCUCCUCCGGCGCACGCACUCGCAGCUGUGGCAGGUCCUGCGCGCCCUCAUCGUCGACGCUGAGUCAAGGCUCGAGACUGACCAGCCCACCGUGGUCGGGAUGCUCCUGCAGCUCUCGUUCCGCUCCGUCGGGCUGCCGUACCGCGUCCCCGCGCGCGGCUCCCCCGAGCGCCGCAUUCUCUCGCACCUCGCGACCCUCGGCCUCGCGAUGCCGUUCCUGGCGCCGCCUGCACCCGACGGCGACCACGCAAUGGACGGCGGCGACGACGGCGACGCGAGCCUUUGGUUCUGCCCGACGCCGCUCGCGGCGGUGCUGUGCAGCUCGCCCGGCGGCGCCGCGGGCGUGGACGGCGGCGCGCACGACGGGUUCAUCAUCGUAGAGACCAACUUCAAGGUAUAUGCUUAUACCUCGUCGGACGUGCACGCGGCGGUGCUGCAGCAGGUCAUCACGCCGGACUGCCGCCUCCCGAACCUCCUCGUCGGCGCCAUCACGCACCAGUCCAUCCAGGGCGCGCUCAACGCGGGCAUGAGCGCCGAGGCCAUCAUCCGCUAUCUGGAGGAGCACGCGCACCCGAAGGCGCGGCGACGGGAGCACCCCGUCCCGAUGGCCGUCCAGCGGCAGAUCCAGCUGUGGCAGACGGACAUGCACCGCGUGCAGCACCACCAGGCGGUGGUGCUCAGCCACUUCGGGUCCCCGGACUUCUUCCGCGCGGCGUGGAAGUUCGCGCGGGAGCGGGGCAUGCUGCUGUACCCGCUGCCGCGCCCAAGGAAGCCGCAGGACGCCGAGGACGAGCCGCCGGAGGGGUGCGGAGAGGAGGGGGGGAGAGACACCCUCAUCUGCAGGGACGCCGGCCGCGAGGAAAUGAAGCAGUGGCUCAAAAACAACAAGGCGCGGUACAUCGCGGAAGCGCAGGCGCCGGCGGCCUCGGCCCCACCGGGCGGCGUGACGCGCUGA